CAAGAAUUGUCGAGUGGCGAGGGGCGCUUCUGUUUGUGGUCGCAGUGCUUCGAUCCAAUUCAUUGGAGGCCGGUGGCGCUCAUUUCGUGAGCACAUUUCGUAUAUAACAUCUCCCCCACCCUCCCGUCGCGAUCGUCGCAGCACAUUGCCCAACAACACACCCCGGACGAGAUUGACAUCUCGAAGAGGGAGGAGAGACACUUUCAUCCGCAAGCAUCUUUCUUUCUGCCCCUCGUCCUUUGCCCCCUUCCAAUCUCGGCAACAGCUUUCCUGAAGAAGGUGGAAGCUGCUGAAGCAUCAAAAGCUUUCACCGCGCUCUCUUCGCUUUGGUGAAUAGUAGGAGAUUUUUGAAUGAACACCGGAAAACGCAUGCCAUUCAGUGGGUGGAUCGUUGGGCCAGCAUUGCAGCUCCGCUCCGACGCUUGACGGGGGGAGGUCUUGUAGAUAUGAAGUCAUUAUCGAUCCGCGCGGUGCUCUUCGCACUCUACGUAGGCUCUGCUAUGGCCAAGACUACCCAAGGACCGUCCUUUUCAAAGAUGGGAAGGGAAGUAAGCGCUCAGAAUGCAGCUCUCGCAGGUAUAUCAAGGCAUCACAAGGACGUCUCGAUGCUUCUGCGCCGAGUGCAGCUCAAACCGGUCCUCACGAUCAAUCAGUAUCGUCCUUUGGCCGACGAUGAGAUCACUUUUGCAAAGGAUGCUUUUGACCACGUACCCGAGCACAUGAAGCACACUAUUGCUGCACAAAAGACGAUCAUCAGGGAGCAAAUCAAUCGGGCUCGGCAAAGGCCUGGACAAGACAAGUACAUCCAGUCUUACCAUGUCAUCAAAUCGUGGCACAGACCUCGACCUGAUGGGCCCUCGGUCAUUCUGGGACAAGGAAAGCACGCUUCGGGCAAAAAGUACGACGGUGCCACCGUCAUUCCCUGGCAGCACAAUAAAAAGGCCGAAAUACACUUUGACAGCAGGAUAGAGUAUGGCGAUCCAGAGAGUAUGCCUCUAGAGCAAAAGGUCAUGAAGACGGCCAUUCAUGAUCACUUGCAGUGGCACGACAAGGUGAAGCACUACAAGGUGCACGAUACCUUUGCGGACAGUGGUCGUACGGGCAGGCGCAUUCCCACUCUCAGAGGCACUGCCUACGAUGCUCAACACAACGAGAUCAAGGGUCACGAAGUCGUUCCGAUAUUGAAGCAGCACUGGCCCACGCAAACCUUGGACAACGCGGCCAGCGACGCAUCGAGCACACGGCAAAGGACGAAUCAAAGACCCGUCACACUUCGCAGUAAAGCGACAGCCGCAACGGUGCUUCCCAGCCUUCGAGGAGCCUCGGGCGCUUCGAAAAGUCCAAAACGCUUGACUGGACGCGAAGCGCGAGAAAGGCUUUGGAGGAAUGUUGGUCGGAUGAAUGAAGAGGCUCGAGAAAAGGUCAAGGCGGAAUUGGAGCGUAGCAGACUUGCUUGGCAAAAGUCCCUGUCCCUGGCACGCGCAACUCCUCCUCUCGAAACUUUGAGCCGUUCGGAGUCGAGCAAGUCGAGCGCGGACAGUCUUUCUAGGAGCAGCCACCGCUCUUGGGAAAGCUCGACUUCCAGUGGACCUGCUGCCUCUUCUUCGGAUAAGGAGACCUUCAGCGCCGCGACGCAUUCUGCAGAUGAGAGCGUCAAGGGGACCAAGAGACCAGCUCGGAGCGAGUCGAACGGUGAGGGUGAUGAUGAAGCAGAGUCAAAGAGCCCUACGAAAAAGGGAGCUGGCGCAAACGAUGUGGAUUGAAUGAUACGCGUCGCUUUGCUUUGGUGCCG